AUGGGGGACUCAUCAGAGUCCACCUUGCACAACAAUUCACUGUGGUGGCUAGCAUGUGGAAUGUUAGCCCUGUUGGCCAACUCCUGGAUUAUUCUCAGCAUCACAGCCAAGCAACAGAAACACAAGCCCCUGGAGCUGCUGCUAUGCUUUCUUGCUGGGACCCACAUCCUUAUGGCAGCGGUGCCCCUCACCACCUAUGCUGUGGUGCAGCUGCGGCGUGAAUCCUCCGACUAUGACUGGAAUGAGAGCAUCUGCAAGGUCUUUGUCUCCACGUACUACACCCUGGCUCUGGCUACCUGCUUCACAGUGGCCUCCCUCUCCUAUCACCGAAUGUGGAUGGUGAGAUGGCCAGUCAACUAUCGGCUGAGCAAUGCCAAGAAGCAGGCUCUGCAUGCAGUCAUGGGUAUCUGGAUGGUAUCAUUCAUCCUCUCAACUCUGCCCUCCAUUGGUUGGCACAAUAAUGGUGAGCGCUACUAUGCCCGUGGCUGCCAGUUCAUUGUCAGUAAGAUAGGACUGGGCUUUGGUGUCUGCUUCAGCCUCCUGCUCCUUGGAGGAAUUGUCAUGGGCUUGGUGUGCGUAGGUAUCACUUUCUACCAGACCCUAUGGGCACACAGAAGACGCCGGCAGUGCCACCAUCAGCGGGCAGAGGAAGCGUCAUCCUCCUGUUCUUCCUCAGCACACAACACUUUCAAUGUGCCAGCCAUUGUAGUGGAGGACGUGCGAGGCAAAAGGAGGUCUUCACUGGAUGGUUCCGAAUCAGCCAAGACCUCCUUACAGAUGACCAACCUCAUCAGCGCUAUUGUCUUCCUGUAUGACACACUCACGGGGGUGCCUAUCUUGGUUGUGAGCUUUUUUAGCCUGCGCUAUGAUACAGCCCCCACCUGGAUGGUUUUGGCUGUACUUUGGUGCUCCAUGGUACAGACCCUGCUGCUCCCCUCCUUCAUCUGGUCCUGCGAGCGUUACCGAGCUGACCUCCGCACCGUGUGGGAGCAGUGUGUGGCUAUCAUGUCUGAGGAAGAUGGAGAUGAUGAUGGUGUGUGUGAGGAUUAUGGUGAUGGCAGGAUCUGCAAAGUGAGAUUUGAUGCAAAUGGUGCUGCAGCUGUGAAGCGGGACUCCCGGGACAUCAAGCUGCUACCCAUGCAUCACAUGUUGUUGCCCCAGGACAAGGUGCAUUAUCUCCAGGUCCCUAUCUCCCGGAGAAUGUCACAUGAUGAGACUAACAUCUUCUCCUCCCACCGCUCCACUCCAUCCUUCCUACACAAGUGGUCUUCAUCUGAUGAUAUCCGCAUCUCCACCCCCCGCAAGUCUGGAGGCCCUGGCUUCUUGCCUCCUCAGAUGCAUGACUACCAGCACUGCCGGCGGCCCCCAGAAGAUGAGCUGACAACCCUCCGGCAGUUUUUGGAAGGGGGGCUGGUACCCCGGGGAUCCAGCUCCAGCGCCUGCUUCUUCCGAGAUGAGAUCACCACAUUCAUCGACGAGACGCCACAACCCACCCCAGCCUGCAGCCCACGGCACUCCCGUCUCCUGCUCACAUCACGUCGCGAUCGCCGCCUCUCACUUGGCAGCAGAGAGGAGGAGAAGGCUGACCGGCCACAGCGCUGCUCACUGGCUGGCAACAAAGCCUGGCAUCUGCAGGAUGGAGAGCAGGCACUACAUGAACGGACCCUAGAGGCCUGUGAGGCUCAAACCUUCCAGGAUCCCAAACUAUGA